AUGUGGACUGGGCCUCUGUGUGAUCAAGCGUCAGGUUUGUAUACAGCGGGUCAAAGCUGGUGGUGGAUAUUACUUAUCGUUGUAUUAAUUGCCGUAUUAUUAAUUGCAGCUAUACUGAUAACAGUUUGUUGUUGUAAGCGCCGCCGAAUGAAGAAGUCCAAUUUAAUCGAUUUCAGCAGUGGUUUAAGUGAUCAGCAGUUGGGUAUAGACAGUCAAACAAAUGAUCCAUGGAGUUCAGGUGAAAAAGAUUUUCAAGGGCCCAUCGACUAUUCAGUCCUCAAGGGAAAUAUAAACUCAAAUCCAUACAGGAUAACAAACAGUGACUCUAACCAUAUUAAUGGAUAUAUUCCAACAGGUGUAAAACCAAUUAUGAGUGGUAAUUCGGAUACACAGUCAGAUCCUAAUGUGACUGCCCGUGCCUACGGACAAAAGACUACAGAAAUACCUCCUUGGGAGUGUUUUGAUCGUCAACUUAAUCCUGCUUUGAGGUUGGAUCAAGUAUUAGAAUAUGGUUAUGAAGGCUACGAUGGCAAACCACCACCAGAGUUUUGUCCCAAUGAACCUGUUUUAUCAUCAUCAUAUGAAGACGAUGGUGAUGGUAAUUUAGAAACAAGAAAAUCAAAUUUAUCAUCAAUUGCUAAUGGAAAAUUAAAUUCUUUGAACAGAAAAUUCGGUGGUUUUGAUAACUCGCUCAAAACAAUUGGGAAAAGAAAAAUGAAACUUUGCAUGUCAAUAAUAUUCUUGGUAUUUGUGAGUUUCAUGUACUGCACCCAAAGCAAAGCCGUUCCAAGGUCACAUAGACAAGUGAAUCUGACGGACAAAGAUACUUGCCAAUGCAAAAGAAAUUUCAUGUGGCUAACAUGUGGGAUGAUUUUGAUGAAUAAGAGCAAAGUGACAAGAAGAAAAGAAUCUAUGGUUUAA